GAAAGAAAUACGAAGUUCCAUUUCUCACGUCGUUAAAUAAUUGACUCUCUCUUUCACCUCUACUAUGCACCGUGGUGCAGGUUCCCGCAGCUCUCCCAUAUUCAUUUCGGAUGAUGAAUUCGACAAUGAAAGCCCUCAAAGUGCACCUGGCUCUGUGCUCCUGGUGCAAGACCAGGCAAAUGCAUACUCGGAGAAAUCAUGGACUGCUGAUAACCACGCUGGCAAUUCGCAGCAGAGCAGUAAUUCUCAGCCGGCAGGACGCCCUGCGAGAAAACACAAAGCCAGGGCCGACCCCCCAACGCCCAUGCCAGUUGCUGGACCGAACAAAAUGGGGAAUUCCAGUGGCGCGCAGCAAUCCGAGUCCAAAAAGCGAAAACGAGAGCAGCGAACUGCUAGGAGGCGUCAAGAGCAUACAGAGAAGAAGGCCCGUGUCGACGGAUCGGCUCAGCUCAUGGCACAAGCUAUGGCUACUUGCCCACCCUCGUUUCCGCCUUUCCCCCCUACAACUGAUAUUCCACAUCCGUUUUUUAUGCAUCCAGAGCCUUAUGUCUACCCGCCUUUCUCUUAUCAAGGUUUUUCGAUGGGUCAACCCCUCAAUGUCUCUACAUCUGAUUGGGUUAAUUCUAUGGCAAGCGUUGCGGAACCUCCCCCAGGCUCAAUUGCUCCGAUAUGGAAUAUAUACUCAGACAUCUCACAGUGGCCUCAAAUUUCACCACCGUCCGGAACACAACCUAGACCUACGCCGGCCCCUGCAGAACCACCACCACCGCCGCCAUUACUCCCACCCGCACCCUCUUCAUCGCUUCCAGAUAAACCAAGGCUGCCCUCAAAGCCAAAUACGAAGGUCAAACCCGCCCCCACAAUGAUUGGCAUGCAGUCCGAUCGUGAUCCGGAGGGGAAACGGCGCACUUUCAGAGUCAAGCCCACCACUCACAUGGAUGCUGAUUCAACCAUCCGGUUCCCUUAUAAACCAGACCCAUCGUGCACGCUCGUCAUGGAUCAAAUUCCAAAGAUACAUAGGAAUAUCAAUUACAUCCGAGCCUGGUGCAAGAGUGUGUCCGACUGUUCUCCGAUCUUCGUUGCUGUAGAAGCCAGUAACGCCAAUGCUAUCAUUGAGUUUCCUUCGGUCGAACUUGCUCGGAAGGCAUGGGUCAGCCCCAGACUGGGCCCACCCAACACAUCUGGUGCGACCAUUAAGGGGGCGCCGAGGGAAGAUCUCAUUCGAGUGUGGUGGUAUCUUGUCUCAGAACCUGCGUUGGAAUUUACGAUGAAAGAGUUAGAAGAUGGUGAAAUCGAAGACGUCGCCGCUAUGAAGGAGGCAGCUAAGAAAGAGGCAGCUAAGGAAGCCCAGUUCCAAAGCCGGCGCGAGAAGAAGAGAGUGAAGAAGGCGAUGAAGGAGGUGGAGGAAAAGCUAGUGCUAGAAAAAGCUAGCAAGACUUAUGUUGAUGUUUCCGAAGUCCAUUCGCCUGCUUCUGCUCCUGUCCAUGCUGCAGUGCUUACUUCAUCUGUGACCACCCCUUCCGCAUUUACGCCGUUCUCUCCCACGGUUCAUCAUCCUGCUCCUUCAUUGCCACCGAUACCUCAAUUUUCUGCCACCGAGAUUUUUCAGCAGAAGAACCCUCUUCCUCCUCAAUCCGAACUCGCUUCGAAUUGGCAGGCAGCGCCUAUCGAUACCGCUAAGAUUUCCCCCCUGGACAGUGAUCCUGGAUCAUCGCUGAUGACGGCCAGCCCCGUCGGCACAAACGACAUGGGACCACCUUCAGUACUCCACAGUUCGCUAUCUUCCCAAUCUGCAAGUCAAUCAGAAGAUAUGGACGUCGAUAUUGAUAUGGAAGUCGAAACACCAUCUAGCUAUAAUAAUCCAUCUCCUCCGUUGAGUUAUGGACGUAGCUCAGUUCUUCACGCAUCUAACGAAGACACCGCCACUAUUCCCUCUUCUUCAGUGGCAUCUUCGACUGUCUCAUCCACCCCCCAAACGGCCUCAUCGGUCACUACUCAUUUGUCAGAGUCCAGCCACAAUUUUUCCACACUCACACCUACAUCUAACCUUGGAUCACCUGCUGCGUCCGCUUCACCCACUCCUCCCCCUUCGGAGCCACGAGCCAUGAAAAACGUGCCGAAAGGGCCUUCCUUCGUCUUCCGAUCCAUGGCUGUCAAACAAAAGGAACUGGAGGAACGAAUCGCAAGGGAGCGAAAUUCCAUCGGUGGCGGGAAGAUGGACAUCGACGCACCUACACUAGUAACUCCUCCCGACUCGUCGACAAAACAGCUCAUCGACAAUAUGGCAAUGGAGGAGAAGUUACGCCAGUUAGUUUUAGCAAGUCAAAGAAGGAAGCAGAAGUCAACACUCAUACCUACUCCCGUUGACGUUUCGAUCUCUUCUGUCGUGCCUCGACCAUUAGAAGAUUUUGUGUCUGUGGGACCAGCCGUGGCGUUUAUACCACCGCCUACAGUGCUGAAUCCGGUGCCCAAGAAAUCUGAAGCAUCAUCGCCCUCGGACAGUGCCCUCGACGACCUCGCCAUUUCUUUCAUUACUGAAACCAUACAAACCCUCAAAACGCCGCACGAACGGCCUGCAGCGACACCGCCAUUUUCCGCCGUUGGUUUCAAGCAGUCCUCAACCCAAGCUAGCGCCACUAAGCAAGAACUUGCUGCAAAACAGCGCCGUUUGGAGCAGCAAAUAGCGGAAAGUAGGACUCUUAUGGCGAAGCUAAGUUUAGCACAUACAAAACAAGAGAAGGAUGCCAUCAUGAGGUUGCUCAGGGAGACAAACCGGGCCGCCGAAGAAGAUUGUAACAAGUCAGCAAAACCGUUUGGCGUUCCCCCAAGACCCAUAAAGAGUCCAUGGCCUGAAGCUUCUUGGAAUGGAAUUCUCAUUGUUAGCGACGACGAGGACGACGCCGAUAGCGACGAUGAAGGUUUGCUAUGAUGCGUUUUUCUUCAUUUUCCACAUUUUUGUUUCUGUUGUCUUGAUUUAUUUUUUCUUCUCUCUUCACCCCGUCUUUGGCGAUCUUCGAGUGAUGACUUGGAUAUGUUGGGCAUGCGUCCAAGGAAGUUGAUGUAUAUUCUCGCCAUCAAACUGCAUUUAUUCUGAAAAAAACUUGU